AUGCCGCCGACGCGCCUGGUACGGCGACAGCCGUUGUCGGAGAGGAUCAAGGCGCGUCUGAAUCCUGGCGACUUUUAUCUGUGGCUUUCGGAGGAGAUUCAGACGUUUGACUGGGACUCUACCGCUUUCGGCACUCGGUUUGGACUUGCGGCCAACUUUCUCUUCUUGAUUGCAAGGGCUAAUAUCGUCUCGCGUCCGGAUGUGGAUGAUGUUUUUGGCGAUGCUCCAGCCAGUGGCCCGUUGACCUUCUUGGCUCGUUUUAGCAUGUGGGCUUUGACUGCCAUCUCUUGCCUGAACGCCUUUUACACCCUGACCCGAUCGCGUACCUACCGUCUAUUCGAGGCAAACGUCGAGCAAAAUGCCCCCUCCACGCCCUCUGCGCAUCGCGUCCGCGUCGAUUCUUCACCCGCGUCUUCGAGCCCAUUGGGCGUAAUCCAGAGCCUCCUGAGUUCCGAAACCGCCGAGCAGCGAGCGCACCCCGACAAGACACGCGAUGUGUGGGAGAUGAAGGUCUGGGAUCCGUAUCCGGCCACGCUUCGCCUGUUCUGCUUGUUCAGCCCCGGCCACGUCUUGAUUCACUGGCUCUUCUUGCCUCUCGUUGCCAUGGACCCCCGCCCCAGCGUCACCGUUUUCAAGUGCAUGGCUCUGCAAGCCAUCCUCUCCGCCCAGAUGUGGCUCUUGCACUUCAAGUUCACCCGUCAGGGCAAGGACAACGCCAUCAUUCAGAAGGAGGUCAUGCAUGAGUACGACGUCAAGUAUGUCCACCCUAGACUGCACCCUGUCUACCGCGAGGUUGGCAUUCAGGUCUCCAUCAACGACGACAAGAUCGAACAGGAAUACGUCGCUGUUGGGACGCCAUCCUCUGUCCUCCGUCGUAGCUUUGAGACGCACCCCAACCCCAACUACGCCAAGAUCAUCGACCCCGACGGGCUUCAGGCCAUCAAGCCGAGAAAUACAUUUGCUGGCACACCUAGGGGGCGCGUUUCCACAAACCCAUUCACCCCCCUCGCGGCGAAAACAGCUAGACCCAGCACCCCAGGCACCAUCUCGACCCCCUCGGCCCAACUCCUCGGCUACCCCGACCGCGGAGACCACCACCACCUCCCGGCCUCAGUAACUGUUAACCGCAGAAGCACCGCCGCCCCAGCCGUUUCGUCGACCGGGUCCUUUACCAAAUCUUUUACUUCCUCGUUUGAAAACGAAGCCUCGACCCCUGCCCCUCAACCCCCGUCAAUGAACAGGGCUGUCUCCCCCUUCAAGGCAGGAACGCCGAUGCGGUCCAGCUCGGGAAGCAACCCGCUGGGUGUCCCCCCGAGCUACGGCGGAAGUCUAGGGCUGCAUCAGCACAAGGACAGCCCCCUGAAGAAGGCGAUGAGUAUGGAGGGGAUCGGGAGGUCGCCGAGGAACAACAGGGAGAUGGCGGCGCUGGAGCAGAGGCAGUUGAAUGAGAGGUUUAGGGAGAGGAGCAGUCCUGUUAAGCAGAGGUUGCAGGGUACUCUGGGGAUUGAGCAGGAGGAGGAGGGCGAGGAGGAGGAGGGGAACAAUAAUGCAAGUAUUGGGGGUGGGAGUAGUUUGGCGCAUUCACCGGAGAAGUUGGCGAAUUUGAGGGCUAAUAGGUGGACGCAGGAGAGGUUUCCCACUCGGAGGUUGUGAUGGAAGGUAAGGUUGCUUAUUUCUAUGCCUGACUUUGCUACCUAUGAUAUGGCAACAAUGGGGGAGAUGGGGGAACUGGACGGCGUUUUUGGGGCCUGGAUUUUUGCUGAGAAAUAAGGGCAUGGGGACGGUGGUUUCAUGCAUUUUAUGGGGGUCUUGGGAUGAGGCGUUUUUUUUUUUGGUGGUGUAUUGUUCAUGCCUUGUAUUGUCUGCCCUGGUGCCUUACUUGUGGCUGGGGGCGGAUAAUAUAAAUUAGAGUAGUAAUUGAUUUUUAUCAGCUUUUAGUCAA